UUAUGUCGGUUGAGGCUCAAGAAGAGCCUAUUCAAUUAACUUUUAAAUGACUGACUAUCUUAUUACAUGCAGGCUAGACGAAUCAGUCUUGGCAAGUGACCGAUUGUAGUUCGUCGGGAGAUCCUUCCAGUAUUCAUUCAAAUGUCUCUUGAAUGUGUCCACCGUUGGAGCUGACAACACUGACUCAGGGAGAUGAAUUGUUCCAAAUAACAUUCAAUCGAUUUUCAAAGAAGUUCGCCCUCACACAAUGCUUCUUUUUUGCUUCUGGAGCUUCUCGUUCAGUUGCCAUGGAGUUGUGUGGUUGUUGCUUUGUAAAAGCUGGUCUUUUGGUGAUGUCUUAGAUAUAUGUGUAUGUUUCGAUCAUAUCACCAUGUAGCCUUCGAUGUUCCAGGGAUGGAUCCGAAGCUUUUUAAAAUACUUUUUUCAGUCUUUCAGAAUAAGUGUUUUCUUUGAGGUGACUCCAGCAUUUUGGUGCCCCGCCUUUGAACUUGCUCGAUUUCACUACAUAGUCCUUUUUCAAAGGGUUGCCAAACACAGUGUAAACUCUAAAAACGGCCUUGCUAAACUCUUGUAGAGCAAAACAAACGUAUUCUCAGAAAAGUAGAAUCUAAUCAAAUGAUCGCCUGAUAAACAGCUUUUGAUGUUAUCUGGGCUACGUGCUCUUGAAGGUGUGCAGGAAGAUAAAAGGAAUUAUAACUUAUAACUCAACAUAUCCUAUGAUGGAUCGCCUCAGUCUUCUGGAUCGUGUUGCUGUGAUUACAGGAAGUAGUUCAGGAAUUGGAGAAGCCACUGCUAGACUUUUCUCAAAGCGAGGUGCAAAAAUUACAAUUCAUGGACGCAGUGAAGAGAAGCUGGAAGAAGUGAAGCUAAUGCUUUUGCAGAAUGGAUCUACGUCAGAAGAGGUGCACACAGUGACAGGUGAUAUUACAGACCCUGCUGUUCGUGAAAAAAUGGUGGAAGAGACUGUUCAAAAGUUUGGCUGCAUAGAUAUUUUGGUUAACAAUGCAGGUGGAGGUGGCCAGGCAGGCUUCCUUCGUGAUGUCACCGAAGACCAAAUGGACUUUGCUUUUAAUGUGUAUCUGAAAGCACCAGUUCUUCUAUCAAAAUUAUGCUUACCAUAUUUGGUCAAACGUAAAGGAAAUAUAAUCAAUGUCUCUGGAAUCACAGCAACAGAAGUGUGGCCAGGUGCUUUUCCCUACAAUAGCUUUGCAAAAGCUGGCCUAGAUAACUUCACCAAAUUUGCUGCUGCAGAAUUUGGUCAAGCUGGUGUGCGUGUCAAUUGUGUCAGGCCUGGCGUGGUUGUGACUCCGUCUUUCAAUGCAGCAUUUCCUGACAGUAGUGUUCGUGAGCAAUUUCUCUCUUCUUGUGCAAAAAGAACCCUGCUGGACUUCAAUGGAGCACCAGAAGAUGUGGCAGAAAUUAUUGCUUUCUAUGCAUCUGAUGCUGCAAAGUUUCUCACUGGUGACUUUACCUGUGCUGAUGGAGGGAGAUCCAUCAACUGUAAUCAUGGAGAAACAAUGCCACAGCCAAACUAUGAUGAUUUUCUUACAUAGCCAUUAUUCCCAUAAAGUAUUGCAAUUAGCCAUAAUUUGUUAACAAAGCUAUGCUCUUGAUUUACGAAGAUUGUUUUUUAAGAUAUUGGUGCUGUCAAUGUCAUUGAAAAUUUUGAUAAUCUUUUCUUACUUUCAAUGAAUGAUCACUUUUUAUUAGCAUUCUAUCAUUGUGAAGAUGCAGUUUCAUCUCUGACAAAGAAGAGUUGUGAGACCUACACCUGUGUAGAUCAUGACUAUUGUUGAAGAAAAAUAAAUGUAUCUCACUUUUGUCCUCAUCCUCUUCAUCAUAAACAACAUCAUCAUUAUUCUCAUUUUAAAGCCUCCUCCAAUAUCAUCGUCAUCAUUUUCUUAAUGUCCUUAGUUUGUCACAUGAAGUCAAAAUUAACCCUUCCCAUGGUGUUUAACGCUUGGCUUUGCAUUACUUGCUGUACUUCUGUACAUGCAUCAUUGUUGUUGAAACUGUUACAAGGGCAUAACAGAUUCUUGUUGUGGCCACUUCUUAGGUGCAGUAAACCUCUCAUCUAACAAAUUUUUCAGGUUCAACCUUUCUAUUCGUUGUAUUUGAGGUUUUGUAACAAUAUUGUCGGAUAGAUGUGAUAGCAUUUAGGAUCGGAAAUGCGAUGCGGAUGUACAAGUAAAUUUGUCAGAUUGUAACUUUUAGCUCACGACAAAUACCAGUUUUAUUUUAUAACUCACAAUGGACUCACCUAGUGAACUGUUGUCUUGUGUCAGACAAGAGGUAACACCAUGAUUUCUAUGGACCUGUGAUAUAACAUUUUAAUGAAUGAUGAGCUGUUGGAGGGGGGGUUGAAAUCUUUUUAAAGAACAAAUAGCUGCUCAAGAGACUGACCGCAACUGGAGCCCUUACUCUUACUACACUAACAGCUGUGCUUUCUUUGAAAGUGAAAGAAGUACUUCAUUUUUCAAAGAGUACCAUAGUUUACAUGUUGUUUCAUUAGUUAGGAAUUUUAGUUGUGGGUUUUCUCUUCCUUCUCCUUUUUUCCCUUCAUUAUGCCUUUAACAUGUACUUUAAUUCUACUUUUAUGUAUGAUCUUCAUCUUGUUUUGCUUGUGACUAUUCUAAAUUCUUCCCUUUACCCUCUUCGCUACCAUGCCCGUAGAAUUUAUGGGCCUGAACUUUGUAGCGCUGUGCCUAUAGCCGGUUUGAAUUUACGGGACUGUGACAGUGAUUGUUUUGAUACCAAUUAUAAGGGAAGUUACGGCUAAAAUCUUGUAAUUAUUAUUGGGGUACCUUCCCCUUAUGUUUACCUCCUUUUUCCCCCCAUUUGAAAGCGUCAGAUUCAGAUUUUAGCUCGAACAGAAGAUUAGAUCUAGAUCUAACACGUAUCUUGAUCUACCACACAAAUAUAAUUUCAGUAAAGACAUGUGGGCUUACAUGUAAGUAUAUGGAUUGUAUAAAGUAGGAAAAGCCUCUUGUCACUUCUUCUUUACCUGCAAACACUCACACAUGGUCUCAGUUUAUCAUUACUCAAAUGUGUGUUGUUUUAUGUUGUUUGGUGGAGUUGUUUUUGGCAUCAUGUUACUAACUUCAACUUUUCUCCAUCUGUCUCUCAAUGAAAUUCCCCCAAAAUGAUGCAAUAGGAAUGUGGUUCAAUAGGCCUAUAGAAUGUACAUGCAGAAGUCCACAAGGAAAUACUCGUAAAUAAAAGAGUUAUAGGAUGUAGGAUGGGGUCACUCCUGAACAGCCGUGGUUCAUGGGAUUUCUCGCGGCACAGAGGCCUAUCCUAUAUAAUAUUUACCUGCGGCAUUGAAGGGGUUAAUGCCUGCUGCCAAUAAAGUUUUAUAUUUUGAUUGUUUGACUAGUUUAAAAGAAAAAUAAUAUAUUGUAUUUCAUGGGCUCUUGAGUCGGUGAAAGAGUACCUCAUUUGAUAAGGGGAGCUCAUUCCUUUUCUUUCCAUCAAACUUUUGUCUUUGUCAGUUUACUGGCAUUUUUAUGAUCUACUUGGUUGUUUUCACACUUGACUUUACACAAUCCCCCCCACCCCACCCCUGAUGUGUAACAUUUGACACUGUUAAUAUCAUCAUCAAAGAAAUCAUGCUCAGUUGUGUUUCUUUGAUAUUUACUUCAGUGUAAUGUCCGUGCCAUUUGUUCUUCACUCUUACCACUUAUCGAUCUGCUAUGUUCUCAAAAUGCCUUCUUAGCAGCAAAGCAUAUAUUCACUUGCACAAAAUCGAAGAUGCAAUUUCCUUGAAUGAUGAUUGUUUAUACUUGUGCAAAAGUUUCACUUGGUAUGCCAUAACAUAUAUAUAAUAAUUAUAAACUGUACAUUCAGUUUUAAAGAGACUAUCCAGUUUACUGCCUACUGCAAGUUGUAUAUAUUUGGACAACAUAUAUCUCCUUGGAAUUGAAAUUAAAAUGCAGACUUCUUCAGA